UCAACUUCAUCAUCGUCUUUACCUUCUCUCUCUCUCUCCCCACCAACUUUGUCCUUCUCUCUCACCUUCUCUCAUAAACCUCUCUUCUUCUUUCUCCAAACUCACUUCACUCAACCAUCCGAAGGAAGAACAAAAUGAUCACUUUGGCCGACUUUUACCACGUCAUGACCGCAAUGCUGCCACUGUAUGUGGCCAUGAUACUCGCUUAUGGUUCGGUGAAAUGGUGGAAAAUCUUCUCCCCGGACCAAUGCUCCGGCAUAAACCGCUUCGUGGCUCUGUUUGCAGUCCCGCUACUCUCCUUCCACUUCAUCGCGUCGAACAACCCCUACGAGAUGAACUUCCGGUUCAUCGCGGCGGACACGCUGCAGAAGAUGAUCGUGUUGGUGGUGCUGACGAUCUGGAGCAACGUGAGCAAGAGGGGGAGUUUGGAGUGGACCAUAACGCUCUUCUCCAUCUCCACCCUCCCGAACACGCUGGUGAUGGGCAUUCCGUUACUAAAAGGAAUGUACGGGGAGUUCUCGGGGAGUUUGAUGGUCCAGAUAGUGGUACUCCAGUGCAUCAUCUGGUACACCUUGAUGUUGUUCAUGUUCGAGUACAGAGGCGCCAGAAUGUUGAUCUCUGAGCAGUUUCCAGACACUGGCGCCACCAUUGUCUCCAUCCACGUGGACUCCGACGUCAUGUCGCUUGAUGGACGACAGCCCUUGGAAACCCAAACCCAAAUCAAAGAGGACGGAAAGCUCCACGUCACCGUCAGAAAAUCCAACGCCUCCAGAUCCGACAUCUUUUCUAGAAGGUCCCAGGGCUUCUCUUCCACCACUCCUCGCCCUUCCAACCUCACCAAUGCAGAGAUUUACUCGCUCCAAUCCUCCACCAACCCUACUCCCAGAGCCUCCAGCUUCAACCACUCCGACUUUUACUCCAUGAUGGCCCCUCCUCGUAACUCCAACUUCGCUACCAAUGACGUUUAUGGCUUCUCUGCUUCCAGAGGACCCACUCCCAGACCUUCCAAUUACGACGAAGAUGCUUCCACCGCUGCUAAUACUAACAACAACGACAAACCCAGACAUCAUUACCCUGCUCCUAACCCCGGCAUCUUCUCCCCCGCCACGUAUAAAAAUGGUCCCAAGAAGCCCAAUGGACACCCCCACGCCCACCCCAAACCAGAGGAUUCAAGCAAGGAACUUCAUAUGUUCGUUUGGAGUUCAAGUGCUUCCCCUGUUUCCGAUGUGUUUGCCGGACAUGAAAACGACCAUAAAGAAGUUAAGCUCGCCGUGUCUCCCAAAAAAGUGGAGGGUAACAGAGACGGUCAAGAAGACUACCUUGAGAAAGACAGUUUUAGUUAUGGAAACAGAGGGGCUGAGAAUGAGCAUGAAGGUGAGAAAGCUGGGAACGGAAAUCAAAAAGCUAUGCCUCCAACGAGUGUAAUGACACGGCUUAUUUUGAUCAUGGUGUGGAGGAAACUCAUCAGAAACCCCAACACCUACUCCAGCCUGAUCGGCUUAACUUGGUCACUUAUUUCAUUCAGGUGGAACGUUGAAAUGCCUAUGAUUAUUGCCAAGUCCAUUUCCAUAUUGUCAGAUGCAGGGCUUGGGAUGGCCAUGUUUAGUCUUGGUCUGUUCAUGGCUUUGCAACCGAGGAUCAUAGCAUGUGGAAAUUCCACAGCAGCUUUUUCCAUGGCCGUGAGAUUCCUUACAGGUCCAGCUGUCAUGGCAGCUGCUUCCAUGGUCGUUGGACUAAAAGGUGUUCUCUUACACGUUGCCAUCGUUCAGGCAGCUCUUCCUCAGGGAAUUGUCCCCUUUGUCUUUGCAAAGGAAUACAAUGUGCACCCUGAUAUUCUCAGCACAGGAGUUAUUUUUGGGAUGUUGAUUGCAUUGCCCAUUACACUGGUGUACUACAUCUUGCUGGGGUUAUGAGAGAAUGAGAAUAUGAAGAUUACGUGUGACGCCCAUGCAGAGUUCUUAGAGAAGGAGAACGCAUGAUAGAAUAGGAGGCAUUGAUCCUCGAAUGAGUUUUCGUUUUUCAUGAAUUGUCCUUGCUUUUAGUGAAAAUGUAAAAUCAUGUUUGUAGAUAAUUUUUUUUUUCAGGAAAACUUAAUUUAUAAAAUGACCAUCUCUUUAGAUUUU